AUGGCCGGUCUAGACACGUCUGGACCUUUAGAGUACAAUCCAAUUGACAAAGAAGAGGUUCAAGGAGAAGAAGAAGAAGACGUUCACACCUGGGAGGUGAAAAAGAUCACUAAAGCCAAAUUUAAGGAUGAGCAAUUGUCAUUUUUGGUCAUCUGGGAUAUCGAUCGAUCGCUCACUUGGGAACCAUUGGAAUCAUUUUCCGGAGGUCUUCAACAUGAAAGAAUUCGAAAUUUCGCAAAGAAAAAUCCCCAAAAAUGGGCGUAUUUGAUGAAAAAGAUCCCAGACAAUCUUCGAGAGGCAUUGCUCAGCGCAAAAAAUGACGCCAUGGCUACAAUAACCGAUGGACCGGAUAUCGAUUUCAUCGAGGAGAAGCGCACUGGAUUCGAAAAUGAACAAGUUGUGCCAAAUAUCAUGAGUUUCAAGCAUUUUGAAAAUUUGGAAAACGUCAAAAAUUUGAUUGAAUCUUUGACGCCUUCUGCUUUGUCAGGAAAAUCUGAAAAACGGCGACGUCAUACAAAAGCUGAAAUGAAGGCGAUGUCAGUAAUCGAUCGGGAGGAACUUCGAAAAACCCAAAAUCGCGUGUGCUCUGCAAAUUCGCUCCACCGGAAAAAAGAGAAAAUCGCUGAAAAUCGGGAAAAAAUCAAUAAUUUGAAGCGCGAAUUGGCUGAAAUUCGCGGGAAAAAUCAUCGAUUUUUCGAAAAUUCCGAAAAUUUCGAAAAAUUAAAAUUGCGAAUUUUCGACGAAAUCGAACGAGAAAAUUCGGGGAAAAAAGAAGAAUUUGAAGAGAAUAUCAAAAAUCUGAAAAUCGAAAUCGCUGGAAUUACCCUGCGUCACCAACAGGAACCCCAGAAUAAGAGCACACUGGCCGCUCAAAAAUGUCGAAAGAACUUGAAUUUGAGAAUCGCCGAAAUGGAAUUUUCUGGAAUUUGUCUGGAAAUCGAACUGCAAAAAGAGCUGAAAUUGGAGUCCGAGCUCAAAAAAGCGAUAAAUUUCGACGAGGAGAAAAGUCCAUUGGAGCAGAUUUUGAACAUGGCGGAAAUUCAAAUAAACCGGAAAUUUUAA